AUGCAAAAAUAUGAAAAACUUGAAAAAAUCGGAGAGGGCACAUAUGGCACCGUCUUUAAGGCUAAAAAUAAAGAGACUCAUGAAAUAGUUGCCUUAAAGCGCGUAAGGUUAGACGAUGAUGAUGAAGGUGUUCCAUCAUCAGCUUUGCGAGAAAUUUGUCUCCUCAAAGAAUUGAAACACAAAAAUAUUGUACGACUCUACGAUGUUCUUCACAGUGAAAAAAAGUUGACCUUAGUGUUUGAGCAUUGUGAUCAAGACCUGAAAAAAUAUUUCGACAGUCUGAAUGGUGAAAUAGAGUUGGAUGUAGUCAAGUCGUUUAUGUAUCAACUAUUAAGAGGACUUGCUUUCUGCCAUAGCCACAAUGUCCUUCAUCGUGAUCUAAAACCACAAAAUUUAUUAAUAAACAAGAAUGGUGAGCUAAAACUCGCGGAUUUUGGCCUUGCUAGAGCAUUUGGUAUUCCAGUCAAGUGUUACUCAGCUGAAGUUGUAACUUUGUGGUAUCGCCCUCCUGAUGUCCUUUUUGGAGCUAAGCUUUACACAACAAGUAUAGACAUGUGGUCAGCUGGAUGUAUUUUUGCAGAAUUAGCUAAUUCUGGUAGACCACUAUUCCCUGGGUCAGAUGUUGAUGAUCAAUUGAAGCGGAUAUUUAAACUUCUAGGUACUCCAAAUGAAGAUACCUGGCCUGGAGUGACCCAAUUGCCAGAUUAUAAGCCAUUACCUAUAUACCAACCCAGCUUAGGCCUUGCCCAAGUUGUACCUCGGCUAUCAGCUCGAGGAAGGGAUCUUCUCGCUCGCCUUCUUACCUGUAAUCCAGCCUUAAGAAUGCCAGCUGACGACGCAAUGGCGCACGCUUAUUUCCACGAUUUGAAUCCGUCUGUUAAGAAUGAUCGGUGUUAA